AACUUGGAUUAGAUCCCUCUCGUCUUACAUCUUCUUCAUAGUUCAUCCGCCACAGUCCUCCUUCCCCUUGUGGCUCCAUGAGCUUCAGAAGAACCCCACAUUCAUUCCCCCAACCCUCCACAUCUUCUGCUUCCAAAAAUGCUACAAAGCUCUCAUCUUUACUCCAAAAAUCAAUCCCAAAACCCCCCCAACCCCCCAUCACUUUCAAACCCCCCACCACAAACCCAUUACACUGUUUCGAUUACAUGAUUCUUUUACAACCCAUCCCCCCAAUCUCCCAAUUCAACCAAUUACUCAAUUCCGUACCCAAAUCUCAACUCAAAAUCAUUCUUUUUCGCAAAUUCAACAACACCCAUCUCCCCAUUUCCCCUAAUUUCAUAACCCUAAACAUCGUUCUUAACUGUUAUUGUCAUUUGAAUGAAGUUGGUUUUGCUUUUGGGGUUUUUGGGUUGAUUCUCAAAAAGGGUUUUGUUCCUGAUAGUGUUACUUACACCUCAUUGAUUCAAGGGUUGUUGAAAAAAAAUCAAAUUUUUGAGGCUGUUAGGUUGUUUAGGAAGAUGGUUUUGUUCGGUAAUGUUAGUUAUACUAAUGUUAGUUAUACUAAUGUUAGUUAUACUUAUGGGACUUUGAUUAGUGGGUUGUGUAGGGCUGGGGAUAUAGAUACUGCGAUUCGGUUACAUGAAGAUGUUGUUCAUGGGAAGAUGGGUUGUUUAGGGUUUGUUUGUAAGCCGAGUGGCGUGUGUUAUAGCGUGUUGAUCGAUAAUCUUUGUAAAAAUGGGCGUGUGAGUAAGGCGAAAGAGCUUUUUAUGGAGAUGAGGAUGCGAAGAAUCUCGCCGGAUGUUGUCGCCUUUAGUUCUUUGAUUCGUGGUUUGUGUUUUAUGGAUUUGCGGGAGGCUAAGCGUUUGUUUGUCGAGAUGGUUAACGAAGGGGUUCGUCCGAGUGUAACGGUGUUUAAUCUUUUGGUACACGUGCUUUGCAAAGACCGGAGAUUGAAUGAGGCGAGCGGGUUGUUUGAGUUCAUGGUUCGGAAAGGAGAAAAGCUUGAUUCUUUGUCGUAUAACACGUUAAUGCACGGGUAUUGUUUAGAGGGCAAGAUUGAAGAGGCGAAGGAGUUAUACGUUUCGAUGGUGGCUAAGGGUAUCGAACCGGAUGUUCAAAUUCACAAUGUGCUUAUUGACGGGUAUAUCAAGGUUAGGAGAGUAGAAGAAGCUUUACGGAUCUUUAAACAAAUGGUUCGUGGAACGAUUAAGCCAAAUGUCGUUACCUAUAACGUUUUAUUAACCGGUGUUCUGCAAAAAGGUGACGUUUUAACUGCACGGAAGCUUUUUGAUGAAAUGCCGCUUUAUCAUCUCACUCCAAGUUUAUGUACAUAUAACAUCUUAUUAAGCGGGCUUUGUAAAAACGAUCGUGUUUCGCAGGCUUUAGACUUGCUUCAAGCUCUAGAAAGUAAUGGAACCGAAUUGGGGAUUAAAGUUUAUAACUCCGUGAUUGACGGAUUGUGUAAAAGUGGACGAAUGGAGACUGCUUACGACAUAUACACAAAGUUGUCAUCGAAAGGCUUGAAACCAACGGUGGUAACGUAUACGAUCAUGAUCCACGGUUUUUGCAAAACGGGUCAGGUAAAAAAAGCGGAUAGUUUGUUUUUUGAAAUGAUCGAGAACAAGUGUGCUCCAAAUGUGGUCACUUUCAACGCGUUUAUGAGAAAAGGUUCAAAUAUGGGACCGAAAGUGGUUGAAUUGGUUAAGAAAGCGGUGGAACGUAAAGUCACCCCGGAUGCAUCCACGCUCUCGUUGAUGGUAGAUUUGUUAUCCAAAGAUGAGAAGUAUAAAAAGUAUUUGGAUACGCUUAGAACGUUUCUUGAAGUAGGCUAAUAAUCAAGAGUUUUGAUCGUAUAUCUUGAAUUUUGUUAAAGAUUAACCUUUUUUAACAAGAAAAGGGAAGAGCAAAACAGACGGCAGGAAAACUGUCGUAAUCGGUGUCUUGUAAAGCUUGAUUUGGGAAGGUGUAAGCUGGUUUAUAAUUCAUGUCAGGCUGCACAUCCAACAGAUUUAUUUUGUGGGAAACUUUAUUGUGGAACUUUUCUUUAUGCUGUUUCAAGAAGAAGUCUUGCAGAAGCAACAAGCUUUUCGAAAAUUCAGUUAAAAUGGGAUUUCAAGAGGCAGUGAAGUGUGUAUAUGGGUGAGAUUUUUGAAACAUUGCUUUGAGGAGAUGAUACGGGUUGACUUUUUGAAGUCAAAUAGAUCUACUUUUCGGCUCAAGUUACAAGCUGCUAACAAGGUUUUUGACCAUGGUGGUCUUAUAGGGACUAAUUAUCUUUCUUCCAUUUGAUUAUUUCAUUUUAUUCUUUUAAAAACCUGCAAAACCAUAUCCAAUCAAUUUAUAUCUCAUAUACUUGUAUACAUUUUGGGUACACACAGUAUUACAAUACAUAGACCGUUUCGUCGUAGACAUUGUUUUCUUUUCUUGAUAUGUAAGUCGUAUGUGAACCAUGACAGAUGCAUGUGACUUGACUUAUAGUACAUCGUUACACAUGAUCUUACAUGGUUUUCUC